GCUCACACACCUCGGUCCUCCGUCACCACAGUAGGACGUCUUCAGAAUAUAAGUAUAAGGGAACUCAGAAAUUGUAAAACCAGACAGUAUUGAAGAUCCGUGCAAUGAUGAUCAUAAAUAUGAGGAUAUUCAAGAAUCUUUUAUUGAUGGUAAUUACUUUUACCAUCAUUCAAGGUCAUCCUCUCUCAACUUCCGUAGAGCAAGAUGAAAAAGGUCCACUAAGCAGUCUGGCUGAAUCUCCAGUCACAAAAACUGAAGAAAAAAUUCCUGAGACUGAUUCGCUGAAAAUUGAUUUAAUAAAACCUGAAUUACCGAAGCCUGAUCUUUCGCUAAAGAAGCAAAAGACUGUAGAGGAACCAGAACACAAGGAGGAACCAAAACCGGAAACAUCUUCUGAUGUGACACCUAAACCAGAAGAUGAAAUUAAACCUUCAUCUUCCUCUUUUCCAAUGAAGGAACCAGAAGCUCCUUGUUCUUCCACCACGGAUCGGGAUUGUGAUUUUGUAUCCAAACCUGGAGACUAUAUUGAUCGGAGAAAGAUCGAUUAUGAUCAGAGGCAAAAUGGAACGGAGAAUUAUAGAAUUCAGGUAGAUGGACUGGUUUUAGUUUUAGCGCCGGUGGAAGCUCUUCUGAUGGCGGGUGGAAUGGGUUCGGAAAUUAUGAAUGGACAAUUCAACUUCAGUUCUGCCCUCGAUCAGCAGAUCCCAAAAGGUGAUGAACAGUCUUCAAAUAUUUCAUCUAAACCGGAAUUCCAGAAACCAAGUCUACAUAAGUCAGCCAGACCUAUCUUCUAUGCAUCUCCAAAACCUGUUGAUGGACCCGUUUCGAUCAAAUUGAUAAAUUUAAUUGCGCCACUGUUGGAACAACGGAGACAUUAAAGUGAUCGCUGAACCGAAAUAAGAAACGAUUCCCAGUUUGAAGAUUUUAUUCAAUCAACACUGCAUCAUACUCCAUAAUGAAAAUAUUACUGAACUCGUAUAUUUUUAUCGACUCAUAAAUCAUAUAAUCAUUAGCCUUAAGCUUCGUCAGACAUUUCAAUAAAAUAUAACUAGAUAUUUA